AUGACUAGUCCUGACCAAAUUGCAGCUCAGAUUCUGAGCACAAAAUCCCUCUCAGUCUCCCAAACCUGGCUCAAUGCCUUCCUAUCAUCGUCCAGCACAGCACAACGCAAUAUCCCCGCCUCGGCUCUCGCAAAAACGGCUAUAUUUCGUCUUCUCGCCUCUGAUAUCAGAGAAUCACUCUCAAAACACAGAUCAUGCGUACUGCCAGUCGACAUCCAUGACCCAGCAGUCCAAGAGCGACGGCUGCAAGGCUCAAUCCCCGUGCAAGUGCUAGACAUUGAAGACAUCGGCACGAGUCUAUGGAGCCAGAUAGAAGCGAUUGAACGCGUUGAGCGCGGCGAGGCAAUUCGAGGCCGUGAGAUCGUGCGCACAAUAGCUGUAGGCGAAGACCCCGAGGCAUCGGAGAACAAUCGCGCGAAUAACAACCCUGCGAACGGUGCUGCGACGGGGAUUAUGGUUAUGGGCGUUGAAAUGCAGCGUAUUGAUGGGAUAGCGUUGGAAAAACUUGCUAUCGGGGCAAAGCUCUUGCUCCGUAAUCCGUCUGUUGCGAGAGGUAUGGUGCUGCUUUCUCCGGGGUCCGUUACUUUGCUCGGGGGAAAGAUUGAGGCUUUGGAUAAACCGUGGAGGGAGGGUAGGAAGGCUAGGUUGCUGGAGAAGACUGCAGGCGUCGAGAGAGAAUAA